CCCCGCAUUGUCCGGGCGGCAGCGCAGGAUGCGGCGCCCGGCACGGCCUCCCGGGCUGCGCUAACGGCCCGCCGGCAUGAGGAGGUCUGUCGAAGAUGCACUGGUCACCAGAGCAUGCCCAGUCCCUGAACCAGUGGCCGGAGCAGCACCUGGACGUCUCCUCCACGACCUCCUCGCCAGCCCACAAGUCCGACCUGUACCCCAGCGCCCGCCAGCGCUUCAACUACGCCUGGGCCAACGAUGACAUCUCAGCGCUCACAGCCUCCAACCUCCUCAAGAGGUACGCCGAGAAGUACUCGGGGGUGCUGGACGCGCCCUACGAGCGCUCGACGCUCAGCGGAUACGGGGACGGCGCCUUCGGGCCCGUUAACGGCCAGAAGGGGGACGGGGAGCCCUGGCCGGGGGCACACGGCUCUGACGGCACCUACCCCCUGACCCCCAUCCACGAUGGCCUCCCCGGCGCCAAGGGGGUGGUGCCGCCGGCUGUCCCUGCCGGCAGCGGGGCCAUCGGGCUCGGCGGCUCGCCGGUGGUGUCAGCCAACCUCGCCGAUCCCGUGUACCCCGGCAACUCCUGCGGAGCAGCCGCUGCCGGCUCUGGGGGGCUCGGGGCAUCUCAGGAGUACCCCUCAGGCUACGGUGGCACCUACUUGCCCUCCAGCUACUGCACCCAGCCAGCGGCAGCGCUUCCCCCCCCGCACCCUCCUGCCCUCCACAGCUCAGGGCUCCUGCAGCCCCCACACCCCUCGCCCGCCCUGGUGCCGGGCUACGGCUCCUCCGGCCCCAUGUACAACUACGCCGCCAGCAGCUACCCGCCACAGCCGGGCUACGGGGGCAUCCACCCGCCUCACCCCUCUGCCUCCUACCUGCCCUCCGGCAUCGCGGCACCCACCCCCAUCCCGGCCCCGCCGCCCACUGCCCGCCCGCCGGGGGUCCCUGGCUAUGGCUACCAGGGCGCUGGCUUGGGGCCCCUGGCCGUGCCACCCCUGGGCACCGAGGCGGCAGGCACGCUGAAGAGGAAGGCGUUCGACAUCGGCGGGGAGGACGACGGGGAGGGCAGGUACAGGAAAUACAGCUACGAGCAGCCAAAGUCCCCCUACCCCAUGUCGGACAACGGGGAGUGCCGGGGGAACGGCUUCAGCGGCAGCGGCGAGUCCCCCCAGGUGGCCUUCAAGCCCGGGAAGCGGCCGGCGGGAGCUGGGAACAGCGAAGAGCACGGCGGCAAGUACGGCGGGCAGCAGAUGAAGGGCAUGGUCUCGCCGUCCUACGGCGCCAGGGACGCUCCCCUGAGGCCGGCAGAGCCCUUCGAGAAGUUCAGCCCCCCCCUCGCCAACGGGGAGCGGCCGGCCGAGCCAGGGGCCCCCUUCCCGCUGCGCCUGCCUUCCAAAGCACUGGUGUUCGGCGGUGCCCCGCUGGAGGAGCAGCCCAAGAACGUCGACCCGCUGGUGCUGGAGCUGGUGAACACCAAGGUGGUGGAGCGGGGGCCGCCGGUGCAGUGGUCGGACAUCGCCGGGCAGGUCUCCGUGAAGGCGGCCAUCGAGGAGGAGCUGGUGUGGCCCAUCCUGCGCCCCGGCACCUACAGCGGCACGAGCCACCCGCUCCGGACCCUGCUGCUCUUCGGGCCCCGUGGAACAGGGAAGACGCUGCUGAGCCGCUGCAUCUCCACCCAGCUGGGCUCCACCCUGCUGAGGCUCAGCGGCACCACGCUGCUCUCCACCUGGAAGGCCGAAGCCGAGAAGAUCCUGCAGACCGUGUUCUUCGUGGCCAACUGCCGGCAGCCCGCCGUGGUGCUCAUCACCGAGGCCGAGUCCUUGCUGGCGGCCCGGGCGGGCGAGGACGGCAGCCAGGUGAGCAACCUCAAGUCCCAGCUCCUCUCCUACCUGGACAACGUGGCUACCUCAUCCGAGCAGAACGUGGUGGUCAUCGGCACCACGGCCCGGCCGGGCAGCAUCGACGAGGCGUCGCACCGGCGCUUCGGCACGCGGCUGUACAUCCCGCCGCCGGACGGCGCGGCUCGGCGGCACAUCCUGCGCCAGGCGCUGGCCCAGCAGAGCUGCUGCCUGAGCGAGCGGGAGCUGGCGGCCCUGGCACAGCGCACCGAGAGCUUCUCCGGCGCCGAGCUGCUGCGGCUCUGCCAGCACGCCGGGGCCGCUCGCCGUGCGCUCACCGGACCCCCCACCUGCUACCAGGACCUGGAGAAGGCGUUCUGCAAGGUGCGCCCCGCCGCCUCGCAGAAGGAGCUGGACUUGUUCCUGGAGUGGGAUAAGAUGUACGGCACCAGGCACUGACGGCAGCGGGGCAGCGGGGACGGACCCCGAGGCGGCGGGGGCGGGUUUGGGACGGGGAUUAGGGUCCGGUUCUCUGAGUGGGGUCGGGUCCCUCGUCCCGAAGCGCAGGGGACCAGCCCUGCCGGCAGCACCACGUACCUCAUCUCGCCCGUGUCGGACUCGCCCGGGGAUGUCCCGCGCCGUGGCUUUUCGGGAGCGUCGCCCACGACUCAGGAUAAGCUAUUUAUUGUUUUCCCCACCAUCCGUCCCCGGAGCGGCGCUGCCAGCAGGGCCCUGGGGUUCGGCUCUGUGGCAUCGGGAGCUCCCCCAUCCACCCAAAAGCUUUAUUAUGGUUUUUUGAUUGCUUCUCGUUACUCCCAACAGAAAUACCUCGGGUGUCUUUUGAGCCCCUUCUCACCUGGCGACGAUCAGGGAAAGGGGGAGCUGGGGGAGACACCCAAACCAGGGAAUUUCACCCCAAAACAAGGAGGUUACACCCCAAACCGGGGGGGUUAGACCCCAAACCAAUGGGUUACACCCCAAAACCAGGGGGUUUUGGAGUAAAAUGCUGUAGAUUGUUGAAUAUCCUAGACUUGGGUUUUUAUUUUUGUAAGGUCUGUAGUAUUUUUUGUUUGUUCGUUUUUUCUUUUUAACUACUCAGGAAAAGAAUUACCUCAGAAAAACUAAAGAAUGUUUUUUUUAAAAACACUUUUUAAAAACACUUUUUAUCUUCUCAGAAAAGGAAAAAGGAGAUUUUUUUAAGAGUUUUCCGACCUGGGACAAAGCUGCCUCCUGCAUUUGCUUCCAAAGGGGGUGAAGAAAGGAAGAAAUAAAAGGAAAAAUAAACUUGAAGCUGUUACAAAGAUGAAAUUUGAAUGUAUUUCAGGUGCUUUCCACAUAUAUUAUGCCAUAAUUUUAUUUUAAGUUUUGUUUUCGACAUCGUUCUUGUAGCGUUUGGUGGAGUAACGUGUCUUCAGUGCAAAGUUUAGUGCUGUAGGUUGGGAGCUGUCGCCGGCACCGCUUUUUGGAGCAGGGUGGGUCCCCCCGGAGUCUUUUGCUGCAUCCGGGGGGGUCACGGAGGGGACCUCAGCGCCAGGUUGGGACUGGGAGGGAUCCCCCUCCCAGUGGGGGUUUUGCACUGGGGGAUGGGACCACGGGGGUCCCCCAGGCGUGGCUGGGAGGAUUCCGGCGCUGACUCCGAGCUCCUUUUCCCCCCAGUUUCGGGGAUUUCUGGCUCCUCUGAGCACUAAGGAGCCCUGGCAGCAGCUGGCCACAGAUCGGGCAAAUCACUUCCCCCCCGCUUCCCCUCCUCCCCCCCCCAAAAAAUAAAGCCCCUCAGGGCUGAGCGAGGGGCUUUGCACAGAGCGUGAACCCCCAGCCCAUCCCCUGGCCCCUCUUUGCAUCACGGUGGGGGUUUGCCCCACUGAAAUGUCAAUUUUUAUUCUUUUUAGUGCUCUAAAGGCCUCCCCCUUGGAGCAACCCCCCCAAACCUCAGGGUCUGCACAUGCAGAGAGAACAGAUCCCUCACAGGGGCCCCCCCCAGAGGUGUCUGCCAGGUUUUUUCCCCAAUUUUUCCUAAUUUCCUCUUGCAUCCAGGGCAUUACCAGGGCACCCCUUUGCCUCCCAUCUCCAAAAAGUCGUGCUGGGUUCCUGAAGACUUAUUAUUAUUAUUAUUAUUAUCCUAUUUGUACACUCUCUGUAACCAUUUCUACCUCAUUUUGCAACAUAUUGUACAUGAAAGUAUUUAAUUCAUGUUGAUGUCUGAGACAGACAAGCUCUAGGGCUGGGAUGGUCUACCUCAAGAAAUGCUGUAUUUUAAAAAAAAAGAAAAAAAAAAAAAGUA